AUGGACCCUUUCGAUCCUCCUCUCGAUACGGCCCGCCACCUUCGCUACUGGCAACGUUGCGCGCGCUCCCUCCUGCCACACCACUACACCUCAAUGGACAGCACCCGACUCAGCCUCGCCUUCUUUAUCAUCUGCGCCAUUGACCUGCUCACACCCUCUUCUUCUUCCUCCUCCCAAGACACAAGCAGCAGCAGCAGCAACGACAACAACAACAACAAACCCCUCCUCACCCCCGCCGACCGCCGCUCUCUCCGCCGCUGGGUUCUCUCCUGCCAGCAUCCCCUCGGCGGCUUCGUCGCCAGCCCCACCCACGCCUUCCGCCCCGAGCACCAGCACGGCGACGCCGUCGAGGAAGCCCACCUCGGCGGCACCUACUUCGCCCUCCUCCUCCUCGCCCUCCUCGCAGACGACGACAGCAACAGCGCCUUUGCCGGAGUCGACCGUGUCAGAACCCUGCGCUGGCUGCGAAGGCUACAGAGACCCGAGGACGGCAGCUUCGGAGAGUCGGUGUACGACCCUCCCAUGGUCGGCGGCGGGAAGGACAUGCGCUACUGCUAUCUCGCCGCCGCCGUGCGGUGGAUGCUCCGCGGCGACCUGAAGCCCGACGACCCUGCCUACGUGGAGGACAUCGACAUCCCCGCCCUGCUGGCCCACAUCCGCCGCAGCCAGACAUACGAUGGCGGCUUUGCCGAGAGCUGGCGGCAGGAGAGCCACUGCGGCUACGGCUACUGCGCUAGCGAGGCCAUGCGACAGGGUAUACCAGACAAGAACGCCUUCAUCUCCUGGCUUACCUCGAGACACUUUGUCUACCUUCCCAACUCAGGCAAACAAGACAACGAUCAUAAUGAUGAUGAUGACGAUCCCGAGACGGCCAAUUUCCUCCUUGCCGACCUUUCCCUGGCAGACGAGAAUACAGACCCCAAAUACAUCGGCUUCAACGGGCGCUGCAACAAGAUCGCAGACACUUGCUACACCUGGUGGACCAUCGGCUCGCUGGCCGUGCUGGGAGCCGGUCCUGCCGCCGCCACCGCCGGCACAGAUCCUGCCACGCUCAAAGCCCAGCGGCUGUUCCUCCUGGAGAAGACACAGCACGCCAUAGGGGGCUUUGGCAAGCACCCUGGCGCGCCGCCGGACGUGGGCCACGGGUGCUUGGGCCUUGCAGCCCUGGCUACGAUGGGGGACCCAAGCCUCAAGACGUUCGAUCCCGCGCUGUGUAUCAGUGUUGAUGCUGUGCGGAGGGUGGAGAGGGCCAGGAGGGGGUUGUUGCGACAGCCUGUGGCAGGAGAAGGUGAUGGGGAGGGUGGCGAGAGGAAGAACGUUGUUGAGUUGAGGCAGAGGUUGGUAGAGACUGCUGUCCAAAUGGGCGGCGGCGAGAGGCCGGAGUGGCUGGAUGCCAUGGCGUGA